AUGGCUGUAAGCCAAUUUUUUCUGUCCUUACAAGCAAUAGCAGUUUUAAAACUCUUAGGUUCAUCAUCAAGGGAGAAUCUUUUAUCUAUGGUUGAUCUAUGGUAUCAGUUAGAUGAUGAAGAUGAGGAAGAUGAAGAAAGCAGUGCUGAGGAAUCUUUGCUGGAGAAGACAUUUAAUGAACGGAAUUCAUUAAAUGCAGAUAAUCAUAAUCACAGAAGAUGUUUACCUUUCCGGUUGUUUUACACACGUUUUCUUUUACCAUUAGUGCAUGCUAAUUAUUGUUUGAUUAUUCUGUUCUGUGGAAUAUUACUAUGCCUAAAAAUGAGCAAAGUCAGAACUGAAAGAGCUUCUUCAGAGCUUUGGAAGGUUACGGGUUUAGCUGUUGUUUGUGUUAUAUGUUUCACCUCUAAUGCUUUUGUGGCUUUGUUAACUGACAUUCCUAUGCUUAAUUACUGGCAUGACCAGGAAGUGAAUGGUGGUUGUAUAUCUCUUCUAAUUGUGUAUUACUUUGUAGGUUCAUCAAUCCCUUCAGCCUUUUUAUUAUGGGUAAUGAGAGAAGCACCACCAUUAAUAACAGCUUAUGUACAACAAGAAUCAGCUACAUUAACUUUCGUAAGUGAUAGUACAACAGCAAUACCAAAUCCUCAGCACUGGACGACUGCGCCAAAUGUGAGAAAUCAGUUGAAUCUUUGUUAA